CAGUACCCUCUACAGCAAACCGCUCGACAGCCGUCUUGAGGCCGACACCGAUGCCGCCUGUUUCUUCACUACCCGGGCAGGCGGCCGUCCCUGCUCCGAGCGGCAUUUCGACAUCGGCGGCCGCGGGCCUCACUGUCGGCGCCACCAUCGCCCCCUCCGCCGAGCCGAAUCCGCAAGAUGCGUUAAACGGCGCCCACCGAGAUGGCCGGAUCCGUAACCCCGUGCCGAGCAAACUCAAGGGCAAAACCGACGGCUCCAAGGGUAACUUUGGUGUCAUGCAAAUCGAGGUUUCGGGAAGGGCAGAGGCCACGGAUCGCGAUGCCGAAGCAAAACGAACCAGCGAGAGUACCGAGCUAGCCGCUAAGCGUGCCUUCGAGAACGGCUAUGUCUCGCUACGAAGACGCCGGUUCGUGCAUCUUCCGGAGGAGGCUAUCGCCAAACCCUUCAUUCCCACGGCGGCACCGACACUCGCCCCGGUUCCGUCUCAACGCCACGCGCCCCUGGGCCCCGAGGAGACCAAAUCGGAACAGGCACGCCUGCUAACUCUGUUACGGAGCUUGCAUCCCGUGCUCGUCGUGGACCAAAUAUGCAAAGCACUAGCUUUCUUUGGAGGUAUCCCUGGAGCGCCACCACCCGCCGCCGGCGGCUUCCCAGAGAGCGCAGAGGCAAAUGGGCCGGGCAGCCUUUUCGUUGGUUGGGUUUCAGAAAUAUUCCCCCGGCUGGGCGGGAAUUCGGUGCAGCAGCCGUUGGACGCCACCCAACAGCUUGACCAUCCUCAGCCGUUGAAGCGCAAGCGAGGCCGGCCGAAAGGCAGCAAAGCCACCAAGGCACGGAAAGACAAGGGUGUCAAAAAGGGGCCUAAUAAGCCCACCGACCGAGGCCACUCGUCUGGUAUCCCCGACGAAAGUUGGGUAGACGUUGACGAUAGUGGCGCCGAAGAUGCCGAUGAUGUCGAUACCAAUGUGAUGCUCCUCGCGCAAGCCGCGAGCCCGCAGCCACAGCUCGGGGCUUCCCACCCAAACGCGGCGCCUAUAACACCCAACCAAGCGCCCAGCGCCGCUCGAACAGCAUUGCCAGAGGCGCCCACCGGCAGCGGCGUGCCAACCACUAGCACCCCCGGCACAAGGAAAAGGGGCCGCCCAAAGGGCUCAAAGAACCGACCUAAAGACUCAGCCGUCACCUCCACGCAACCCCCCGACAGAACAUCUCAGGCGGACACCCAGCCCCCUCGGGGUCCUGAAAUUUCCUCGCAAGCUUUUCGGGCACCCCAGGUGAAUCAAACACCACCACAGUUGACGCCAGGUCCAACGGAACCACAAUCCUUCACAGCAGUGAACUCGAUAUUGCCGGCGCCUACGAAAAAGAAGAAUGGGCGAGCGAAGGGCACAGGGCCAAAGCAGCAUGGCCAAGGGCAGAACAACCAGGCUUCGUCAGCACCAGGGCCGCAACAGGGCACUGGUAUCGAAUCAACCAAUUCUAUACCCGCCGCGCAAAUUCAAGCACCGGAUUAUCGGGCGCCGCAGACUACCCAGUUUCCGCAGGCUCAGACUUCGACGCUCCCCACGCCUCCCACUGCAACCCCAGCCCAAAGCAAGCCGGCGAGAAACCCAGGCCAGAAGCGGAAAAGGAAAGGGGACGGAAAUGCCGAUAUGCCCCGGCCCACUGUGAAAGACAGUGGGAAUGGUCCAGCUCCCUCACCGAACGUGAACAAUCAAGCGUUACCGACCGCUUCGAACAACCCAGGGCCACCGUUUCCGACAGCCGUGCCCGAACCGUCGCCCAAACGGCAGCGAAAGGGCAAGGAAGCUCGGCCAUCAGCGAGGAAGGGGAACGAGGGGGCCAGAGAAACUGCCCUCUCCGAGAGUUCAAGCGCUCAGCCCGGCCCGGCUCCCCGGGCGGUCGUAGCCCUUGAGCCCGAGCCAGGAUUGGUUGCUGCUGCAGCGAUAGAGCACCCCGUGCCAUCACUGCUCCCGCCCCAUCAAGCUCGGUUUGCAGCGCAGUCUCCAACAAUAGAGAACUUCGAGGCACAGCUUGCUCAGUUCGACCAACAACCCGAGACCGAGUCGCAGGCGCUGGCCUCGCAAGGCGCUACGAACUCGGCGCCAGUAAUGGUCAACCGGUUGCCACAACAACAUCCACGGAAAUACUCGCAACCCCAGCACCAGCAGCAUCCGCGCUCUGAUUCUGCCAGUCAGGGUCGGUCUCCAAAUCCGCAACCGCAACCGCCCAAACCGCAAACUAGCGGUAGCCCAUCCAUCACACAACAACAACAACAAGCGAGGACGUCUCAAAAUUAUAAUCAAUACCGCGCUUCAAGUUCCCAAUUUCAGCAGAAGCAGCAGCAGCAGCAGCAGCAGCAGCAACAUAAUUACAUCUCUGCACAAGCGGACCAUGCACAGCAACAACCGCAGCAGCAGCAGCAACAACAUCAAUUCUCAGGGGGGCAGCAACAACAGCAACAACAACAUCCUCGAAGUACCCAGGUUUCCUCGGCUCAACAGUAUUCGGGGAGCACGUCGCAACAGCAGUAUGGCACAAACCAGCAGCCAUAUACGAAUAACCAGCAGCAAUAUUCAGGCGGCCAACAAAAUCUAGUCUCGCAACCACGCUAUCAGCAGCAGCUGGCGACCACUUCUGCAACAGGCACAGCUUCAUAUACCGCUCACCAGCCGUCGCAGUUCAGCGCACCGGCGAGCAACGAUUUCAGUGCCCCCGAUAGCGGUUACCGUAGUUCAGCCACGGCUUUGAGCAACCCCUCGUAUAAUCAACGAAGCAGCCAGUCCACCACCACCUCGUUCCGUCCUGCCAAUACGCACGGCCUACCACAACACUCCCCGUCAUUCGCUUCAGGCGACGCCAGCCUCCAGCAACGUUCGGCCAGCACAAGCCAGCCAACAUCCCAGAGCAUGCAGAGCUUGGCGAAUGUACAGGCCUUCGGGGGGAACGCGGCGGCCGACUGGGGCCUGUUUGACGCCAGCCACCUGGAGACGGCCGGGCAGCAGGGGACCAUGGCGCUGGGCAGUGCCGGCUACGGCAUCAACGCCGGCAGCGUGCGGGCGCCCACUAACACGGGCGCUGCUGCCUUCGCCACUAACGGCCUCGCCACGUUUGAUGCCUCGAGCUUGGGGAGUAAUGAGCGUUAUUAUGGGGUCGGGCGGCGAUGAGAGUUGUUGUGGUUGUGACAGGGUCGGACAUCUUCUAAUCUCAGUCAUUUAAAGAAAAAAGCUACCUUAGGAAAGUUGGGGCUUGGGGCUUGGGGAUUAGGCAUUGCGGGGGGUUAUAUUUGUUUUUUAUCCAUUCCCCGAAUUACGGUCUGCCUUUGGUUUUUAACUUCUUUCUGCCCCGC